AUGCCCAUGCAGCCCAGCAACAGCAGUGGCAAUGUCCCCUUCUUCGGAAAAUCCGUCCACGGUGUCCUUGGCGGUGGCAAAAUGGCAGAUACUUUACUUUGGAAGAACUAUAAGGUUUCAGGAGGAGUGCUUGGAGGGGCCACAUUAACCUGGUUUCUAUUAGAGGUUAUAGGGUUCCAUGUGCUUUCCAUCGUCUGUCGAGUUUUACUACUUGCUCUAAGUGUAUUGUUCGCAUGGUCGUGUGGAGCUAAAUUAAUCAAAAAAACUCCACCAAAAAUUCCAGAAAUAGCAAUCAAAGAGGUUCCUGCGUUGAAGUUGGCAUCGGCUUUGAGGAUCCAGAUCAAUCAGGCAUCGGCUAUUCUCAAGCUCAUUGCAUCAGGAAAAGAUUUGAAGAAGUUUCUCUUGGUGAAUGGUGGCUUGGCGUUGGUAUCAACAGUUGGUAGUUGGUUCAAUUUCUUGACACUGAUAUAUUUAGCUACCGUGUUUCUCUUCACCGUGCCUUUAGUCUAUGACAAAUACGGGCAUCAGAUAAACUCUUUAGCAGGGCCGGCAAUGGCGGAGAUCAAGAAAUAUUAUGGAGUCAUAGAUGCUAAAGUUCUUAGCAAGAUCCCGAUAGGGGAAUCCAGGAAUUAA